AUGUCGCGAGCGUCGUAUGCUGGCGUGAUUAACGGUUCCAACCGAAAAUUCAAAGUAAUCCGUCCAAAUCGCAGCCAUAAAAACAAAUAUAUUCGACGGAAAUCCAAAAAUUCCGUUGCAAUUUACGAAACUCCCACUUCUCACAGGUAGAUAUAUUCGUUAAUGAUAAUCCCGUAAGUUUUCAAGUUCAAUUUUGAAAAAUUAAAACUAAAAAAUCAAUACGAAACCUUAACCAACAAAAAUCCUGAACCUUCAAGUUCAUCAUGUGAUAUCGAAUCUGACGAGGAACCAAACGAUAAGUUCAAAAGUUCAACAAAAGGAACCCAUGUUCGAAGACAAAAAAAGAAAUUGAUAGAAAAUGUCAAAGCUGAUGAAACAAAGAAAAAUAAUGAUGCCGGUGCUGACAAGAAAACGACCACCGUUAUUGUGGGUGACUCUAUGGUCAAAUAUCUUAAUGCUAUAACAGACUUAAAAGAUCAAUGCCAACUGGAAAUCACAACAUACACGUAG